AAGUUAUUAUGUUUUGUUAUAAAGGUUUCCGGAAAUUUGUAUCUCUUGGAAAUCCAUACCGAGUUUCGUACUUACAUACCAUAAAAGAAAUCUUGCUACAGAAACCUGUAGGGUCAAAACUUUUCAUGCAGGGUUGGGUUCGAGCACUCAGAAAACACAAAGAAAUCUAUUUUAUAGAUUUAGUGGAUGGUAGUAGUGCAGAGAGAUUGCAAGUUUUAAUUGCAGCUGACAAACAGUGUCCCAGUUACGGUAGCUCUAUCCAAGUGGAAGGUAGUCUAGUUAACAGUUCUCACAAAGGUCAGACAGUUGAAUUUCAUGCAGCUAGUUGGAAGGAAAUUGGAGGCUGCCAUUCAGAUUAUCCUUUCGCAUAUGGUCAGAAGUAUAGUCCAGAGUAUGUUAGACAGUAUUUGCACUUGAGACCUAGGACAAGGAAGUUUUCAUCAAUUCUUCGCAUCAGGAAUGUUGCAUCUUUUGCUGUACACACCUUUUUUCAAGAACUGGGCUUCUGUUUCUUACAUACUCCUAUAAUCACAGUAAAUGACUGCGAAGGGGCCGGAGAAGUGUUUUCAGUCAAAGCAAGUCAGGAAGUGGUUCCUAAACAACCUGGGACAACCAUUUCCAAAUGCAUUGACGGUAAACUGCCAAAGGUAACAAGCAUCAACAAAGAAUUAUCAGAUGAUUCAGAUAUCGAUGAAGAACCAUCAGCUGAAACCGAAGAGUACUUUGGUUCCCAAGCAUAUAUGACUGUGUCUGGACAACUCCAUCUAGAAGCCAUGGCUAGUGCUAUGGGACCUGUUUAUAAUUUUGGUCCUGUCUUCAGAGCUGAAAAUUCACGAACACGACAGCAUGCAAGUGAAUUUAGCAUGGUGGAAGCUGAAAUACCAUUUAUUAGCAAUCUAGAUUCCUUAUUAGAAGCAAUUUCAAGACCUCACAGGCCCCUCAAAGCUUCAAGCCCUGGUACUAUAGGUCUGAUUGUAGAAAAAUGCAUUAAAAGAGUGGCAUGUUCAAUAUUAAAGAACUGUGUCCCAGAUUUGAUAGUUCUGUCAGAUCAGAAUGAAGGAUUAGUGAAGUACAUUGAAAAAGUAGCUGAGGUUCCCUUUGCUCGAAUGACAUAUGAUGAAGCUGUCAAAAUUUUACAAGACAAUAAAUCAUUGAAGUCACCAAUCAAAUGGGGUGAAGACUUGUCUUCUGAGUGCAAACGGUGUCUUGUCCACCAUUCUGGCAACAUCCCUGUAUUUGUUACUUUAUUUCCUUCUUCUCUCAAGCCUUUCUACAUGAAGACCUCCCAUGCAGAUGAAAAUGCAAACAAAGUGGCACAGUGUUUUGAUUUAUUUGCUCCUUUCGGAGGUGAGAUUUGUGGUGGCAGUCUGAGGGAAGAUCAGGAAGAAAUCCUUCGCUCUCACAAACAGCACAGCAAUUUAGAUUGGUAUCUGGAUCUAAGAAAAUAUGGAUCUGUCCCCCAUGGUGGGUUUGGCAUUGGCUUUGAUAGACUAUUGCAAAGUUUGUUGAGGAUAUCUAAUAUUAGAGACAUUAUUCCAUUCCCUAGACGCAAGCGCGACUGCAAAUGCUGAUGUUGGUUCCUUUAAGAAAACCGUAAUCAACUAUUGGCUAUGACAUGUAGUUUUAUGAUCACAACUUCAGCAACUCGUUUCUUGUGAAUUUCACGGGACAUUCUAGGACUUUGUGUGUGUUUUACUGUGCAAUAUAAAACACUUUGGUUGUUCAGUAAGUUACC